CUAAUCUGUGACUUACACUAGUGAAUUAAUUUGUGUUUCGACACAAGUUUCGAUGUGAUUGCAUUUCUUGCAUUUUUUCAUGCUAUAAGGCAAGCCCAGCAUUACAAACAAACCAAAAAUUGAUAUCAAUUACUUUAUUAAUGCAUUACAUUCACGCCUCAGAGGUACAUAUUACAUAAAAUAAAUGAUCCCACAAUUUAGUACAGCGACGCAUAAUUUAAAUUCUCCUGUUGCUUUUAUUUAUUAUGAAUCGAAAGAGAAACGUCAAUUAUAUAAAACCAGAGGAUCCUGAGUUUUUAAAAGUACUAAAAAGACAAGCUGGUUAUGAUGACAGGAACCACAAGUUUGAUGAACUUCAAAAUGCCGAAGACGAUUUUGCAGAGGACGAUGAAAGCGAGAAACCUCAAGUCAUUGUUCUAAAGAAAGGGGAUCUUACUGCAGAAGAAGCUGAAGUGGAACAGAAAAAGCUCGAGAUCCUAGAAUCCAACACUAAAGCAGACCUAACUCAGCGAAUAAUUUUUAAAACUAAGCAGAAGUCAAGUACAGAUAAAGAAACAAAUAAAAGAAAAUCUAGUAACGCUAAACAAAAAGAAUCUAAGAGGUCUCGCCAACUGUUGUCCUUUGAUAAUGAUGACGAAGAAGAUUAAUCUAUUUCAAUUACAAUCAAGCUUAUUGGUAUAGUAACAUUAUCGAUCGAAAACAAAUACUUACUAAAAUUAACAAUGGAUCAUGAUGCAGAACACAUUGUUGCAUUAAUGUGGUGACAAUUUCAGAAAAGGCCAGUUUUUUAAUCAGUUGUCAAAGAAGAGAAAAAAGGAAAUAAUGGUUUUUGAAAUAAAAUCAAAGUGACCUGAAUAUAA